UAGCCGUCCUCCACGAGCCGCGAGCCGCCGCCGCCACUUGAGAGAGAGAACGAGGCCGAGAGAACGGCGGAGAGACCCGGGCGGGGAGCGGAGUGCGAGCGCGAGCCGCCGCCAUGGGGAGUCGCGUGUCACGGGAAGAUUUCGAGUGGGUCUACAGCGACCAGCCGCACGCCGACCGGCGCCAGGAGAUCCUAGCCAAAUAUCCAGAGAUCAAGUCCCUGAUGAAGCCUGACCGCAGGCUGGUCUGGAUCGUGAUCAUGAUGCUCCUCUCCCAGUUGGCUGCACUUUACUUAGUGAAAGACUUGCACUGGAAAUGGGUCAUAUUUUGGGCCUAUGUCUUUGGUAGUUGCCUUAACCACUCAAUGACUUUGGCUAUUCAUGAGGUUUCCCACAACUUCGCCUUUGGCCACAGCAAAUCACUUUGGAAUCGCUGGUUUGGAAUGCUUGCUAAUCUCCCUAUUGGGGUUCCAUAUUCCGUUUCCUUUAAGAGGUACCACAUGGACCAUCACCGAUACCUGGGGGCUGAUGGCAUUGAUGUGGACAUUCCUACUGACUUCGAGGGCUGGUUCUUCUGCACCACGUUCAGGAAGUUCAUGUGGGUUGUCCUCCAGCCUCUCUUUUAUGCUUUUCGACCUUUGUUCAUCAACCCCAAGCCGAUUACCAGCCUGGAAAUCAUCAAUACUUCAGUCCAGAUCAUUUUCAACAUUAUCAUUUACUAUCUUUUUGGAGUUAAGUCUUUAGUAUACAUGUUGGCAGCAUCCCUGCUUGGGUUGGGUUUGCACCCAAUUUCAGGACAUUUUAUAGCAGAACAUUACAUGUUCUUAAAGGGACAUGAAACAUAUUCGUAUUACGGACCUCUGAAUUACCUCACCUUCAAUGUGGGUUAUCAUAAUGAACAUCAUGACUUCCCCAACAUUCCUGGAAAAAACCUUCCACUGGUGAGGAAAAUAGCAGCUGAAUACUACGAUACCCUUCCCUGCUACAAUUCCUGGGUGAAAGUACUGUAUGACUUUGUGAUGGAUGACACCAUAAGUCCCUACUCAAGGAUCAAGAGGCCGCCAAAGGGACAGGAAGUUCUGGAAUAAAUAUCAUCAGAGCCAAAGAAACUCUCCUGGGCUUUAUAAUAGCUGAUACAAUGGAUUUUUUUUUUUCUCCUGAUAAACUUUAGUAAGGUCAAUGAUGCUUAGAAGCUGUCCUGGUGCAGUUUCCACCUGGGAUCUCCAGGGUGUCAUCACAAAGCUAAUCUGGUUUGAGAAGGCCAGCCUGCCUCUUUACUCACCUUUACUCCCUCACUGUGUUCUCUUCGCUGCGGAUGUCUUCUCCCCACGUCUGUCGUUUUGUAAGCAUGUCGUAAUAAAGCUUACUAUGUUAUUUUUGUCAGGAGGAUUUCUUUAUUAAAACACCUAAUAAACUAAACUGUUAACCACGGUA